GCGUCGUCAGUCCUCCAAUUCAGCAUUAAUUUUGAAGUUCAGUGCUUGAAUGUCAUAAAAGUAUAUGACAGUAGUAUUAUAAUUGCCAAUAUUUGUGGGCCUUCGAUGAAUUUUCAGAAAUAAAAUAGGGAAAGUUUUACAGUUUUCCAAAACACGGUUAUUGAUUGUGCAAUUUGCCCUGAAAGUGCACAGCGGGAUAUUCCUAUAUACAUCCCCCGCCACAAAUAUACAAACGGGAAUUUCAGCUCGCGAGAAAGAGGUGAUUCCGCAUUGACAAAAUUACACAGGCAAAAAUGUUGAAAGUACUGUAGUUGAGUGAUGUUACGUACCAUCAAAUAAAAUAUUUUACUAUAUUGAUGACUGUGGAAGCUCUGCCUUAGGUUGUGAUUGCUUCUUAUUCUUUCACAAAUGACUGGUGAGCUGAUGACCAUACAAUAAAAGCAAAAAAAGAACUCACUUCAGACAAUGGAAAUAUGUAAUACUUCAAAGCAAGAAACUGCCAAUGAAGAACUCGAGAAACUUGCAUUAGAUGAUGAACCUGACACUCGUCUGGGCCAAGGAACACUCAGCUUCAAUGAAGUCCCUGAAGUUCACAGUCAAGCUGGUGCACACAUCAGAUCAUGGGCAAAAGUUCAAAGAGGCACUGUUGGUGAGGAUUCUGCUGGUCCAGUUGAUGUAACAAAUGGUGAAAUUAUGAGAAGGCCAGUUCUGAAAUUUGAAGUGGUGUCGGCACGAACUGUUGAUCACAACAGCGAGAAGAAGCAUGUGGCGUACACUAUAAUGGUACGGAAGGAUGCAAUUCAGCCUGACCCAAAUCCUGCUGUGAUUGAACGCCGUUAUUCUGAUUUUCUGGAACUGUAUGAAUCACUUCGACGUGAAUUUCCAUCCCUGAUGACAAGUGUCACAUUCCCUAAAAAAGUGCUGUUGGGUAAUUUUGCACCUGGUGUGAUAUCCGAGCGUAGUGCUGGUUUUGAAGCUCUUUUGGAACAUAUAAUAACCGAAGACAGAUUGCGAGAAUCAUCAUGUCUGUUGUCAUUUCUUCAGGGUCGUGAACAGCGUGAAGCACGUCAGUGGAUGGAGGCUCAGCGUUAUGACCAAGCUAUACCAUUAUUAGAGAAUUCGUUUAGACUUCUGAAUAAACUUCACACAGACAGGCAUCCAUCUGUAAUGUUGGCACUGUGUCGUCUAGUUGCUUGUUGCAGCACUGAUCCUGUCACCACGUCAGCAGAGCGUUUUGCAGAUCUUGCACUUAGGCGAUAUGAAGCAGUCAGUGAUGCUGACCUCCUUCAGUUUUAUGUGCCUCUUUUACAGCUCUGCGUCCGAUUGUGGUGGUCACUUGGAAGGGACAAACGACCUUUAGAAGCCAGGCUUGAAGAUCUUAAGAGACGUGGUAUUAAAGUGGAUGGUUGUCGAACUUUGUUCGAUGCACUGAUGGCUUUGGACAAAAAUUGAGUAGCAGGUCUUUCUCCAUUUGCUGCAUUCCAGAGCACCACAAUUGUUAUGUCAUGUCACAAUGUUCUGUGCCUUUCCCUGCUAUUUAAAAUGUCUGCAAGUACAAGAAAAUAAAUAAUUUCAAAAUUAUUAGUGUGUUAAUAUUUUAAUUAACACUAGAAAUUUUAUUCAUUGAUAUUAGGAACAGUUUUCUAGUCCACUUUAGUAUUUCUUAUAAUUACUGUCAUACUAAUAUAAGAUCUCAUUCAUAUAUCGAGCUUGCAAUAGUUACAAUAUCGUAAUUCGUUGCUUGGUUAUAUUAUGUAACCAUUUCUGUAAGUCACUUCAUUACCCUAAUUGUACAAAAGCCAAAAGACAGCAUAUGUCAUGAAAAGGAAACUGCAUAUGCAUAUAAUAAUGGAUUCACUGUUAAAAAGGUAUAGGAUAAAUCAUAAAGAAUGAAUUUAUUUAUAGUGGAAUGGUGUAAAGAUUGAGGAAUGCAUAGGUCAGAAAUCAGCUUUAUUUUUAAUGAAUGGAAAUACUGAGGGAUAUGAAUUGAGAACACAAAUAUUAUUAUGAAAUAAUUUUUCUGUGUAUGUAUGUUCAGAGAGAACUUUGUGCAUCAAGUUCUGGGCAAAAACUUGGAAACCGUGAAAUCAGAUUCAUCUUAAACUCUUGUUAAACUUCAUUAGUAAAUAAAUUUUAGAUGAAUACUGGUACAUUUAUAAACAUUCUUAAGCAAAUUUUUACAAUAUGGCGACGAGCUGUCAUUGAUGUUAUAAUCAUUCCUGUAGAGCAGGCAUGUCCAACGUGUCGAUCGUGGUCCCAGGACGAUUUUUGGUGAAUAUCAUAGGCCUAUAAGGAAAUUAUAUGUGAAAAGCAUGUAAAUUCACUUGUAAAAUAAUAUGAUUAUAUUCAGAUUUUGAAGGGAAAAUACGUGUUAAAGUAGUCUGUACUUUCAAUGUUUGUUGCUUUUACAAUAAACAUGUGUCGUGUUAUCUUUACCGAUAAUUUUGCUUAAAGCGAGGUAUGACGAUAGGAGGGGGUGGUAGAUUACUGGCAGUUUUGACACUAAAAAGUCAAUCACAACCUGUCUGAAGUUGGACAUGCCUGCUGUAGAGUAUAAAUAACCUCAGAUGAAUUCAGUGACAAGUUUGAAGGACUGUGUAGAUUUGAAUAGUUCAUGCUUGGUCAAAUAAUUGUAACCCUCACAUUCAAUGACAGAUACAUGUCAUUACUGUGUUGUAUGUAAAAUCUCCAUCUCGAUUACAGUGUGGGGAAAGGGGAAUGUAUAUGUCAAAAUCGGUAGUGAAACAUUCUGUUAAUAUCAAUUGCAUGAAUCCUUAUGCCUAUAGGAUGGUAUCCUCUUUUAUACCUGUAAGUGGAGCUCUGUUCAAAACUAUUUGUAUUAGUGCAGUUUCCUUGUUAUAUUUUUCCAUGAAUACUCUGAAAAUACACUGUAUAUUUAAUGAGUGAAAAA